AGAGCAGUCGCUGGCAAUGAAAUUCUUUAGUCUUUGGCUCCAGUGUAUAAGAAACAAGUAGGAAAGCUGAGACUUAAAUAAUAAAUGUAUAAUGAUUGCCUUUAACGCCAGCAGUAUGAUGAGGACAUGACCGUUUCUAACAAGUUCAAAAUAUCCCAAAAUAAUCACAACCCUCAAGUCUCCAAUGUUAAACAUCAAACUCGGAUCACGUGUCCGGUUUAUUUACACUUUAAUUGUUAAAUUGACAAACUAUUGCUUUCUGACCACAUGUCAUUAACUUAUCGUUUAUGCGAUAUUGAGAAGGCCUACAUGUCUACGCACGGCGUGUGCCCGAGGCGCGCACCACGAAGCGGUGACCUGGAGGCGCGUCUCCAGCUGACAGACGGCGGUGGUGAUGCUCUCUGAACUCGUUGAUUCUCACUCCCUGCCAUUCGGAGGUGCGUCUUCCAGCGUAUUGGUCGUCCUACUACUACGGUUCCACCACCGUCUGCCUGAGGGUCCGCCUUCCUGUCCUUAUCUUUUGAAGUGUCUUCUGGCGGCAGUAAAGGAAUGCUGCCUGCGGGCGACAUCACAGGAGCGCUUGAAAGCAGGGAGCAGAAAAGGGCAGAACUCAAAGGAAGAGACAUGGCGGAGCCGAGACCCCAGCGGACCCCAGACCAGACCCCGGACCAGACCCCGGACCGGACCCCAGAGGGGACCCCAGACCCGCUGGGGGCGGACCUCCCAGAGGCCACGCCCGGGUACAAGCCCCCGGUGCCGAAGACCCUCCAGGAGCUCCAUGAGCUGGACCAGGACGACGAGAGCCUCACCAAGUACAAGAAGAGCCUGCUGGGCGAUGCCCGCGGCAGCCACGACGAGGGCGGUUUGAACGUGGUGGUGACCCGGCUGACGCUGCUGUGUGACACGGCGCCGAAGCCCAUGACUCUGGACCUGCAGGGUGACCUGCAGGCCGUCAAGAAGCAGGUCUUCGAGCUGAAGGAGGGCGUCGACUACAAGAUCAAGAUCAGCUUCAAGGUCCAACGGGAGAUCGUGUCGGGCCUGAAGUACCACCAGGUGAUGUCCAGGAAGGGGAUCACAGUGGACCGGGCCUCCUUCAUGGUGGGGAGCUACGGGCCGCGGCCCAGCCAGGAGCAGGAGUACGUGACGGCGCUGGACGAGGCUCCGCGCGGCCUGAUGGCCCGCGGGACCUACAACAUCAAGUCCUCCUUCGUGGACGACGACCAGAACGUGUAUCUGUCCUGGGACUGGAGCCUGACCAUCAAGAAGGACUGGAGUGGCUGACCCCCUCCUCCCCCCCUCCCUCGCCCCUCCCUCUCCCCUUCCUCCCUCUC